AUUUUAACACUGAUAUCCCUCCGAUGUCGCGGGACUUCUUUGUGUCCCUGCGCAGCCUCGACGCUGUGACGAGUUAAUUGACUGCAGCUGAGCGCGCUCCCGUCACGCGCACCGCGGCGGAGAAGAAGAACGAUGUUCCAGGUGCAGCUGCAGGACUCUCUGAUUGGUGGAGACUCGUAUCAGCUGGUUUCUCUUCUUCAGUCUGAAGGUCUGAGUAGCUCCGCCCUCAACACUCUCGACCAAUGGGUUACCAAGGAUCUGAGUGGGCGUGGCUUCAGCAGAGUCGUGGUCGUGUUGAAGUCUCUACGGAUCCUGUCAGAGAACAGAGGCGACGUUCAGACGCUCCUGGAUUAUGGACUGACUACAAAAGUGUUGCUGUGGUUCGAGGCUGUCCGUGACUUACUGACCUCUGACCUCCAUAAAAGCUCCGCCCCCCUGCUGAGCCUGACUGAGGAGUUCUUCGACUACUUCCUGGUCCUGUCUCAGGCGUCUCUCCCAGUCAGUCAGCUGUCUGUGGUUCUUCUUCAGUUGGCUCAGUUCACUCUGGAACCAGAACUCCACUUCCCCCUGAGACUGGAGGCUAUCAGAACCUUUAACAGCAUCUUGGAGUCUCUGAGCCGAGAGCAGCGGAGACUGAUCCAGAACGAGCAGAACCAGAACAAGAUGCUGGAGCAGGUGGCAGCAGCCGUCCUCACAGUUGGUGACUACGAGCUGCAGGUCAGCCUAUCAGAGGCUCUGUGUCGUCUGACACCCAAGAAGGAUCGACAGCAGAGAGCCAAUCAUUGGUUCUUCAGUAGUGACAUCAGUGGUGCAUUUUGUGACAUCAGAGACGGAGACUUUGAGGUGGACUGCAGACGUUUCCUGAAUUUUGUGAACCGUUACCAUGGCGACCAGAGGAGAAUCUACACCUUCCCUUGUGUCCGGGCGUUUCUUGAUUCCACUCAGCUGUUUCCACCAAAAGACGACAAACUGGACGAGUUCUGGAUCGAUUUCAACGUCGGUUCAGGAUGUGUGAGCUUCUUCGUCGACGAGCCUCAGGGUUUCCUGUGGGGCUCCAUCCACCUGCUCAGAGAGGAUGUUGAUAACUUCAUGUUUCAAGUCACUCAAGACGAAUGCACUGCGGCGAAGACGGUCCUCAGUGUUCAGCUGAUCAAUCCCAUCAUGCAUCACAGCAGCCGAGGUCAGAAGGUGGAGCUGAGCUUCAACUGUGAACAUCAGAGAGAACUGGAGGAGGCUGCGGAGAGAGUCUUCAAGAGAGUGAAGAGCGCCCCAUGUGGUUCAGACCCAGGGGAUCCAGUCAAGGCCCCGCCCCCUGCAAAGGGACACGAGGGUCGAUGGUACAACAGGAAGAAACCACAGAGCAAGAGUCAGCUGAAGAUUCUGCCCCUGUCGUCUCCCAGCAGCGACGAUGACUCCUCAGUGAUGAAGAAUCCAGGAAAAAGUCGAGCUGAGUUUCUAUUUGAUCAGAUCAGACACUCGACUCCGAAGUACGACUCAGGUGCUCCUGUCCGUGCAGAGCCACAGGUCUCACAGGAACACAAGUUUGCAGGAAGUAGUUCUCCAUUACACACGGGAGUGUUCAGCAGAGAGAGGAAGAGAGUGGCUGCAGACUCAGGUCUCACAUCAUCAUUCAGAUUUGAUGAUUUGUUUCUAACUGAUGUUGAUCGUACCUCAGGUUACCUGUCAGACCAAACUGAGGGCACGGCCAAUAAGAGGAGGGUGGAGCCUCAGACAGAAGGGGAGGAGCCUCAUUCAUCAAUGACGGCAUGUUCACCGGAGGAGGCGGGGCCUCCCACAGGAGAGGAGGGGGUGUUUGGAGAAUGGGCGGGCUCUAAUGAGAAGAGGGAGGCGCCCGUAAACACACCGGGUUCAGGGCCGGAGUCAGAACUGACGUCAGACAUCACGGCUGCUUUCAGAAGCUUCAAAGAACGACUGGAGCACAACUUCACCGGCGGCUGGACCACGAUUCAGAACCAGGUUCUACUGUCGCUGAGAGAGAGUCAACAGCAGGUGUCGUCACUGCUCACAGCUGUCCAUCAACACAGGUUGUUGCUGUUGCAGAAGUUUGAAAACGACGUCACUGAUCAACUCAAACAAUUGGAAGAAAACUCAACAACUGUGAACAGCAUGAACACACAGAUACUGAGUUUUUUCCAGAAUGAGAUGCAGCGACUCGGCUCCUUCUGUGACGAACAUCAGCAGCGGUUGAAAUGUUUGGUGAAUGGAGAAUCAGAAAAUCCUUCCACUCAGUGAAGGAGAGAAGACGGCAUCCUAUCAGAGAAUUCUUCAGAUCUGGUUUUGUCUGUUGGGAAUGAAAAUCCAGAUCGAUCAUCGUUGUUUUCACAUUUUUCUGGUGUUUGGGUUUUUCAUUUUUCUACUUGAGUUAAUGGGUCAGACU